AAGAUCUUCUAGUGCAGAAAUUCCUGACGAAAGGCUCUACGCUAUUUUCACUGAAACAAUCCGAGACUGUCGGGCUCGAACAAGAAUGCAAGAUUUUGUAAUUGACCAAAAUGCUGCUCUCAUCACCCAGAGCUACGAAGAAAUGGAAGCUGCUCAGAGGGAAGCCAUGCAAAACAAUCCGCACGCAGCCACACUUCCAGCGAAUGCUUUGCAUGAAGGUCCAAUUUUAGAACCUGGGCAAUAUUUCAACGAAAGAGAUGGAUUCACAGGAACUCUGCGUGACUGUGAUCAUGAAGCCAUUGAAAGGCUUACACAACUUGGCUUCCCAUCAUUCAAAGUUAUUGAAGCAUAUUUUCUUUGCAAUCGGAAUGAAAAUGCUGCUGCAGAAUAUCUGAUCGAUCAGCAUUUUAGAUACUGAAGGUCCCAGCAUUUCAC